UCUUUCUUACUCUGAUUGCCAAGAGAGGGCGCUAUACAAUAACAGAGGAAAUGAAAAACCGGGGCCGGAUGCAGGAUGGAGGGGUUGUGGUUUUUGCUGUUCGCAACUUUUAUGAAUUUUGGGUUAGUUCAAAACAAAGCAGAUUUUUAUUUGUCAGAGAGAGGAGGUGUGGACAGACGCAAUGUCUUAUUCCUCGUUGUGGAUGAUCUGGCUCCGGUCAUCUCAAGCUAUGGAGGCAGAGCCCUGACACCUAACAUUGAUCAGUUGGCUGCACAGUCGGUCAGAUUCACCAACGCAUAUGCACAGCAACCACUGUGUGCUCCAUCUCGAGUGUCCUUUCUGACAAGUCGACGCCCAGAUACGACAAAGACCUACAACAACAAAGGCUCAUAUUGGCGGACAAACGCUGGCAAUUUCACCACACUACCACAAUAUUUCAGGGACGCUGGUUACUUCACUGCAAGCAUCGGUAAAAUCUUCCAUAAUGCUCCAGUCUGUGGAAAAGACAAUGAUUUCCCCUACAGCUGGUCUGUACGCCCCUAUCAUGCACCUACAGAACCGUAUGGGUAUGAAAAGGUUUGCCCAGGAUCCGAUGGGCGGCUUCAUUUCAACCUGCUGUGUCCAGUCAACGUGUCCACUCAGCCUCUCGGUUCGCUACCGGACAUCCAGACCACUGACCACAUCCUAGAGAUCUUCAAGAGUCUGUCCGAGAGUCGCCAGGAAGCGUCUGCACCCCACCUGCCGUUCUUCUUGGGGAUGGGUUUCCAUAAGCCUCACAUCUCCUUCAGGUACCCCAAGGAAUAUUUGGAGUUGUACCCUCUGGAGUCUGUGGAUAAAGCCCCCAACGCAUUCUACUCCCAGACCCAACCCCCAGUUGCUUGGAACCCAUUCAUGGAUGUCAGACGGAGGGAGGACACGACUGCACUCCACUUGCCGUUUCCUUACGGUCCCAUGCCCGACAAAUACCAUUAUCUGAUCAGGCAAGCAUACUACGCCUCAACCACCUACAUGGAUUAUGAACUGGGACGUGUCUUGGCUGGAUUAGAGGCGGCCGGGUUUGCAGAUGACACUAUCAUCAGCUUCAUCUCCGACCACGGAUGGCAACUUGGUGAGCAUCAGGAAUGGUCCAAGUUUAGCAACUAUGCCACAGCCACGAGAAUUCCAUUCAUGAUCCACGUACCAGGCAUAACAGACACUGUGAAAGAAGGCUCCAAGAAGCCCAAGUUUCCUCUAAGGGAUCCGUUCUUGGAGUACAAGUCGACAUCGAGGGUUAAAGGGAAGAGUAAUGCAACAGGCUCGCAGGGAGUGUUGGUCAGCGAUGCUCUGGUGGAGCUAACAGAUCUAUUCCCGACCCUUACCGACUUGGUACAAUUACCUGUGCCACCCCUUUGUCCUGUCAACUCAUCCCAAGUCGACACUUGCGUGGAGGGUGUUAGCCUUGUUCCAGUUAUUAUCGAUACAGCUUUGAAUCACUCAAGCAGGAGUAGCAAGUCCUGGAAGAAGGCAGCCUUCACCCAAUACCCUCGGCCCUCCGACACCCCCCGACCUGACAGCGACCAACCAUCCCUGGCCAACAUUACCAUCAUGGGAUACUCCAUGAUCACAGCCGAUGGCUACCACUACACGGAAUGGGUCGGCUUCAAUAACGUCACCUGUGAGAUGAAUUGGAGCGACGUCCACGCGAGAGAGCUGUAUAUUCUCCACUCAGAUCCUUUGGAAGAUACCAACGUUGCCGAUGUAAAGAAAAAUGAACGGCUUGUGCAAAGACUAUCUAGUGAGCUCCACAAAGGGUGGAGAUAUGCUCUACCCAAACAAGUCUAACAACUUGCAAUAAUACAAUUUAUGACUGUGUGCAAACAUGACAAUACAUUUUUUAACAAAAUUGCAAUGUUCUUAAAAAUAAUAAUAUGGACUUAUUUUAUGUCAGUACUCUAAUAUAUAUCGUCAUGGAAAUGUCGACAUGGAAUUUUCGACCGGUAUAUUGUGUCACAUUUAUAUAUCCUGUUUUUAUAUCAAGAAAACUAAAUUGAAAUUGCUAACGUUUUAAUGGGUCAAGAAAAACUAAUUUGAAAUAGCUAACUUUUUAAUGGGUCGAGACUUGUUCAAUUAUAUGGAGAAUGACACCAUUGCAAUAUCCUUACAAAUCUAGCAUAUUUUGUUUGUUUCAGGAAAACAACUGUUCUUUUACUGUUAUAGCAGUUGGCUGAUACUAGUGCUACAUGUAUGUGUGCUGGUUUUAUCUCACAGUAUUCUGAUCAUAUCAUCUUGUUUUUAAAUAGUAUGUAGAUUGGUACUUUGAAAAGUAUAUUUAAUGUUCACUUGUAAUUCCCACUUGCAAUGCCUGACGGUGGCCAACCUAGUGCUGUCAAAACUAAUUGGUGCUAUUAUGGAGGUUAUUGAAAACUGAUAAAAAAAAUCAUCUUUUAUGAAAUAGUAUGUAGAUCGAUAUUUGGAAUAAAAACGUCUUUGUUUACUUCAA